AUGGCUAUUCCUCAGCUGGGAUACGGGGAUGUGGUCACUGCCGGCAAGGCCUCUGCUCUGAGCGGUCUGCCGGCCGUGUUGGUGGAGAGACAGGCGGCGAUGCUGGCCUCUCCCGGAGCUUCUCUCAGCCUUGGAGUACCCCCACCUCUCCAUGCUCUCCUAGCCCGGUAUCCAGGUACAUAUCCGAUUCCACAAGGAUACAGCCUCCAGCCUUAUCCCGAUCUCAGGCACCUGUCCCAUCUGGGGUCUGCCUAUGAUCUGAAGGCUGGAUGUCUUUACUCCCAAGCAGGUUUCUCGCCAGGCGGCGCCCUUUACUCGCCUUACCGCCCCAUACCCCACGGGGAUCCGGGCCGAGCCAAGAAUGCCACCCGGGAGAGCACCAGCACCCUAAAGGCCUGGCUGAAUGAACACUUGAAGAACCCUUACCCAACCAAAGGCGAGAAGAUCAUGUUGGCGAUUGUGACCAAGAUGACCCUGACUCAGGUCUCCACCUGGUUUGCCAACGCCAGGAGGCGGCUAAAAAAAGAAAAUAAGAUGACCUGGGUCCCCAAGACGAAAUCGGACGAGGAGGAAAGCGAAAGCGACGAGGAGGAAGGCAGGAAGGAGGCGGUGGAAGGGUUGCAGGAUAAGGAGCAGCAGAAGCCGAGUGGGCACCAACUCGAUGGAGACCCUGGACACGGAGCUCGAGCUGGCACCGACUGUGAACGGGGCAACGAUGUGAGGACAGGCUCGGAAGGGAGUGAGGGAGAAACCCCAGAAAGGGGAACGUCCGAGGAGCCGGGCGCCCUGAACAAAGCAAGCAGCCCGGAGAGGAAAGGCGGCACUGCGCCAGCGCUCAAACCCAAGAUCUGGUCCCUGGCUGAAACGGCGACCUCCGAGCACGGGAGGAGCAACCGCGGGCAGGCGGGCACCGUCACUCACUACCAGAUCUGGGCAGGGAGCUGCUUCACAGACGGACAGCUUGUGUUCAACAGCCAUUCCAGACUGGAGCCCAAAAAGAGAGACAUUGCAGGUAUUGACCAAUGAAAAGGGACAAAAGGCGAGCCGACAUCCAAUGUGCAAAGUGAAAGUUUUGGCAAUUUCCUGAUGCACUUUUCAUUUGGGUUGAUGUGCUCUCUGUGUCUGUCUGUCGGUGGACGGCGAUGGGGCUGUGAACGAGAGCGAUUCUUCACGUGUCUAACUGUGUGCUCAGUACCUGGGGUGUGAGUGCAGCGGACGGGGAGGGGGGCGGUCUCUAAGAUAUUAAUUUAUAGUAAUUAUCGCGACCUUAAUACAAAGCACCACAAUUAAUAACAAGCAGUACA